GAACCACAGUCUUACUGAGGAGGCAGGAAGCGCCGCAGCUCGUGUCGCGGCGCGUGCCGGGUAGCCGGAGUCAGGCGGCUCUCCUCGUAGCACGCGGAGGCGAACGGAGACCCAGUACCAUGGCAGAGCAGGAUGUGGAGAACGAGCUCUUGGAUUACGAAGAAGACGAAGAGCCCCAGGCUCCUCCAGAGAGUACUCCAGCUCCACCUAAGAAAGACGUCAAGGGGUCCUACGUCUCCAUCCAUAGCUCUGGCUUCCGAGACUUUUUGCUGAAGCCAGAGCUCCUGAGGGCCAUAGUGGACUGUGGUUUUGAACACCCAUCCGAGGUCCAGCAUGAGUGUAUCCCCCAGGCCAUCCUGGGCAUGGAUGUCCUGUGCCAGGCCAAGUCUGGGAUGGGUAAGACGGCUGUCUUCGUGCUGGCUACUCUGCAGCAGAUCGAGCCUGUUAACGGACAGGUGACAGUCCUGGUCAUGUGCCAUACGAGGGAGUUGGCCUUCCAAAUCAGCAAGGAAUAUGAGCGCUUCUCCAAAUACAUGCCCAGUGUCAAGGUGUCUGUGUUCUUUGGGGGCCUUUCCAUCAAGAAAGAUGAAGAAGUGUUGAAGAAGAAUUGUCCCCAUGUAGUGGUGGGGACACCAGGCAGGAUCCUGGCCCUCGUGCGGAACAGGAGCCUCAACUUAAAAAACGUGAAGCACUUUGUGUUGGACGAGUGUGACAAGAUGCUGGAGCAGCUGGACAUGCGGCGGGAUGUGCAGGAGAUCUUCCGCCUAACGCCUCAUGAGAAGCAGUGCAUGAUGUUCAGUGCCACCCUGAGCAAGGAGAUCCGGCCAGUCUGCAGGAAGUUCAUGCAGGAUCCCAUGGAGGUGUUUGUGGACGACGAGACCAAGCUCACGCUGCAUGGGCUGCAGCAGUACUAUGUCAAGCUCAAGGACAGCGAGAAGAACCGAAAGCUCUUUGACCUCCUGGAUGUGCUGGAGUUUAACCAGGUGGUGAUCUUCGUCAAAUCCGUGCAGCGCUGCAUGGCCCUGGCCCAGCUCCUUGUGGAGCAGAACUUCCCAGCCAUCGCCAUUCACCGGGGCAUGGCCCAGGAGGAGCGUCUGUCACGCUACCAGCAGUUCAAGGACUUCCAGCGGCGGAUCUUGGUGGCCACCAAUCUCUUUGGCCGAGGGAUGGAUAUUGAGCGCGUCAACAUCGUCUUCAACUAUGACAUGCCCGAGGACUCAGACACCUACCUCCACCGGGUGGCCCGCGCAGGUCGCUUUGGCACCAAAGGCCUGGCCAUCACUUUUGUGUCUGAUGAAAAUGAUGCCAAAAUUCUCAAUGAUGUCCAGGACCGGUUUGAAGUGAAUGUGGCUGAGCUUCCGGAAGAAAUCGAUAUCUCCACAUACAUCGAGCAGAGCCGGUAACCACGUGCCUUGAAGACCCAGCCGCCCUGCUUCCCACGUGCUGCUUCAUGUCCUCUUUCUAGGCAACAGAUGGGUGUCUCUUUUUACUGUUCAAAAGCUGUAGAUUUGUGUAAGAAUAAAUUUUUAUUAUGGAA